CGGCGCGGCCGUCCCCGGGCAGGAGCACGCGGGCGGCGAGCGGCGCGGGGGGCGCGCGGCGGGCGGUCUCCUCUCCCCCGGCCCCCGCGCCGGACCCGGCCCGGCCGAGCGGGCGGCGGGCGCCGCUCCCCCCCGCCGGCUGCGCGCCGCCCCCGGGGGGCGGCGGUGAGGGACCUGCCCGGCGCCCCGCUAUUUAUUUUUCCGCCUCCCCCGCGCCGCGGGCGGGCAAUGGCUGGCGGCGCCGCGGCCGGCCCGGCGGGCGCGCACUGAAGGCGCCCGGAGACCCCCCGUCGUCGGGGCGCGGCCGCACCAUGUCGGCCGUCGCCUACGUGGACUUCGUGGCGGCGCAGUGCCUGGUCUCUAUCUCCAAUCGCUCCGCCGUGCCCGAGGCGGCGCGGCUGAAGGUGCCGGGCGAGGGAGAGGCGGCCCGGGAGCUGCGCGACCCCCGCGACGCCUGGAAGGACUAUUGCGCCCUGCUGGCCAUUGCCAAGAGCCUGCUGGAGCUGAACAAGUACCGGCCGCUGCCCACCCCCUCCGUCUGCAGCGACAGCGUGGAGAGCCCCGACGAAGACGCGGGCUCCGACAGCGACGCGGCCACCGAGCCGGGCUCCAGCCCGCCCCGCAGCCCUCCGCCGGGGCCGCCCCCCUGCCUGCGCGCCGCCGGGGCCGCCCCCAAGGGGAAGCUGGCUGCCGAGAAGCGGCACAAGUGCCCCUACAGCGGCUGCGGCAAGGUCUACGGCAAGUCCUCCCACCUCAAGGCGCACUACCGGGUGCACACAGGUGAGCGACCAUUCCCCUGCACAUGGCCUGACUGCCUUAAAAAGUUCUCCCGCUCCGACGAGCUCACCCGGCACUACCGAACCCACACCGGUGAGAAACAGUUCCGCUGCCCCCUCUGCGAGAAGCGGUUCAUGCGGAGCGACCACCUGACAAAGCACGCCCGCCGCCACACCGAGUUCCACCCCAGCAUGAUCAAGCGAUCCAAGAAGUCCAGCUCCAGCAGCGCCUUGUGAAGGCAGGGCUGGGCCGGGGAGGGGGGCGGCGGGAGGCGAUCCGCAGUGAGGAUGCAGGCAGCGGUGCUGGAGCAUGAGCAUCCGCGGCGGUGCUGGCUGCCCUUGUUGGCCAAAAGCACAUGUAGCCGACACUCAAAAUAAAACCAUACUCCAAGCCCCCCUCCCCAUGCUCCACCCCCCAGCCUGUGCUGGGGACAGCGGUCUGGAGCAAGUGACUGCAGGGAUGAGAGGA